CUGGCACCUGGGAGCGAGGGAGUGAGGGAGUGAGAGAGAGAGAGAGAGAGAGAGAAGAGGGGGGAGAGUAAGAGAGAGAGAGAGAGAAACAGACAGACACACACAGAGAGAGAAAGAGAGAGACGAUGUACUUUCACAUGGUAAUGAUGGGGCUCAGAUAGAACAGACUGAGGCAGGCAAACAGAGAGAGAAAGAGAUCAAGAGAAAGGGAUAGAAGGAUAGAAGGAGAUACAGGGUGGAAAUAGAGUGCUGUACAAGCUGUCUGAGUGGCAGAGCUACAGACUGCUUCAGUUUGUUCUCAGGAAAAGAAAAGCUUCCUCUUUUUCUUUCACUCGUCCAAAUCAACGGAGCGAGAAACCAACCGGCCACCAUCAGAAACCAUCCGAAACACCCUGCAGAAGACAAACUGAGGCUAGAGGAGAGGUGGAGAGAGCGCGAGAGCAACACCGGGAGCCUGGCUGGGCUGCUUUCAGCCUCGAGAAUGCUGCAGACCAUCUACGAGAGCGAGAGCCGCAUCCCCGCCGACUGGCUGAGGACCAUACUGGACUCACACAGCAUCUCCAGCACCGUGAUCAGCCCAGGUUCGGAGGUGCUGUCGCCGGUGAACAGGUCUGAGGUCAGCAUGCCGGAGUGGGAGCGAGACUCGGAGGAGUGGGAGAGGCAGCUGCAGAGGGAGCUGCUACUGAUCCAGAGGCAGCAGCAGAUCCAGAAACAGCUGCUCAUCUCCGAAUUCCAGAAACAGCACCAGGCUCUGCUGCGGCAGCACCAGGCUCAGCUACAGGAGCACAUCAAGCUCCAGCAGGCUCUGCUGACUCUUCGGCAGCAGCAGGAGGCGCUGGCUGAGGAGCGCCUGCCGGAGGCUGAGGAGGAGCAGGACGAGGUGCGAGGGGAGGAGCAGGAACGAGUCCAGAAGGAGCACCAGCACCUCAGCCAGAGGAAGAAGGAGCGUUCAAAAGAGAGUGCAAUGGCCAGCUCGGAGGUGCGUCAGAAACUGCACGACUUCCUGCUGAGCAAAUCCAGCAAAGACGUCCUUCCUUCAGGCCAUCCGCUCAACCAGCACUCAAAGCUCUGGUACAUCACCAGCCAGCACAUGUCCAUGGAGCAGAAUUCACCUCCAUUAGGAGAGACGCCCCCCAAAUUUAAAUCCCCCCUGCCCUCUGGCCUGGACACCCGGGAGGACUUCCCCCUCAGGAAGACGGCGUCUGAGCCCAAUCUGAAGGUUCGUUCUCGGUUGAAGCAGAAGGUUUCGGAGCGGAGGAACGGACCCAUGCAGCGGCGCAGAGAUGGCAGUGUGCUCGUCACGCCACCCAAGAAACGCUCAAUGGAGCCCAGUGAUUCCUCAGCCAAUGACAGCUCUCCAAGCUCUGGCCCCAGCUCUCCCAUUGGCUUAUGCAGCAAUGAGAAUGGUGCACCCUACCGGCCCAGCACCACCCAGCUAGAGAAAUAUUUACCACAGGGCGGGAUUGUGAAGGCAGAUGGCUCCCUGGCUCUGCUGAACCUCUACACGUCACCCUCCCUGCCCAACCUCACCCUGGGUCUCCACUCUGGACCUUCUCCAAUCAGCUCUGCCUCGUCUCUGAAGGAGCACGCAGGUGAGGCAGUGGGCGGUCAGUCCGUUAGCCGCGAGUCGAAAGUGAACAGCAGCCACCAGGCUCUGCUUCAACACCUUCUGCUGAAGGAGCAGAACAGACAGCAGAAGAUGCUCUCGCCCAGCAGUGCCAGUGUGCUGCCUCAGUCUCCCCUGGCAAUGAAGGACCGUUCAGGAGGAGGAGCUCGCCCCAGGUUGCCAAGGCAUCGCCCUCUGAACCGGACACAGUCAGCCCCGCUGCCCCACAGCACGCUGGCCCAGCUCGUCCUUCAGCAGCAGCACCACAACUUCGUGGAGAAACAAAAGCAGUACCACCAGCAGAUCCAUAUUAACCAGAUGCUGUCUCAGUCCAUCGAGCAGCUGAGGAACCCCACCGCCCACCUGGAGGAGGAUGAGGAAGGAGUGCUGUUACCUGAGCUUAAAGGCCAGGAGCUCACACUGCCCCCUGCUGGAGUCAUCCGCACUCACAGCAGCAACAGCAGCAUCAGCAACGGCAGCAGCAGCAGCCGAUUAGAGAACGGCACGCAGACGGAGGCUCCCCCAGCGCAGGUGGGGGUGAUCAGGGUGAAAGAGGAGCCGCAGGAGCCCGACAGCAUGAUGGAGGAAGGAGGAGGUGAUGGAGGUGCAGCGAGAAGAAGGGAUGAGGGGAGAAAUUCGAACGAGGAGAAUCUGAACGAUGCAGCUCUGCUGCAGAUCAAGACUGAACAGUACGUUGAGAAUAUGACGGAGACGGAUGUGUGAGACAGAAAGCGAGAGAAAGAAUGAAAGAACAGUAAAAGUGCAUGAUGGAGAGCUGGAGAAGGAACGUGGAAAGAUAAAGUACGAGGUUUUCUGAGUAAAAUUGUGAUAAACAGGAUGGACACAAGAGAGUGAAAUAGCAUCUUUAUAACUUAUAACUCAUCAUUUUUCCAGUUUUACCACAAUGUUUUCACUUUCCUCUCUUUUCUUCCUUUCAUUUUUUAAAUUCUGUCUUUUCCAGAGAAGAUGAGGACCUAUAAUAAUGACUCUUGUACACCACUACAUAGAAGAAACAUCUGUACCACUUUAAAAUAGGGCUCCUUCACAAAGGGUUUAUAAACAGUUUAUAAAGGAGUUUAUUAAUGUUUUAUUAAUAAGGUUGUAAAUACUUUAUAAACCAUUAAUAAGCAGUUAUUAAUGCCAAAUAGUGAUUCCACAUAAAUUUAUACUGUUAAAGCUCAUAUAUGGAUGCUUAUCUUACUUUGUCUGUUCUACCAGUCAGCAGUCAUUAACAUAUCUCUUAAUAACAUAUUUGAUAUUAAUUUUAUUGGCCUUGAUUAAUAAUUUAUUCAUUAAUCAUAAUAAUAUUGUGUUUGUUUACAUUAAAUAACAUUAAAUAACUAAACUGGCUUUCUAUAUUAUUUUAUUGUGAUGUGAAGUCCAUAUGCUGACUGAUGAAAAAAACUAAGUAUGAUAUGUUUUGCCAUUAAUAAACUCCCUCUUAAGCCCUAUCCUGAUGGGAUUAGUUUCUCAGGGGGACAUCUGUGAAACAAUACUGUAUUUAACACUUCUACUCAGUGAUUAAACUCCUUCAUCCGGACUGCAAUUGAAAAAAACAGACGAUCAGUGUGUUUUUUUGUUGUCACAUGACAACACAGUGUUCAGUAGCUCCUCCAUUUCCACACGCUGUUGUAUUUUUAUGUGGAUCUCCAUGGAAACGCACAGCCUAAGUGUUAUUAUGGUGCGCGGCAGUGGACAAAGCUAUUUUAUUAAGGAGGAGACGACACUCAGAGAUGUGCGUCCAGACAGGACUAAAAUUACCGGAGGACCACGAAAAGAGUUCAGAAAAUUAGGCCUAUUAACUAUCUAUAAACCCUUUUUAUAAAAAAGCCUUAUUUUAAAGUGGUACCAAAACAUGUAAUUUAACAUCUAACAAUAUCCCCUAACUCCAAAUGUCCAAAAUGUUUGAAGUUCUAAAUUGUGUUUCUUUAGUUUUGCACUGGAGCUACAAAGGAAAAGUGCAGAACUGUGCCAAAGUCUUAGAACAACUUUGAUUUGUGGGAUUUCUAGUCAAAAAAGCCAAAGUGAUAAUAUUUAACUUAAAUAUCCUGAUAUUUAAAUAUCCUGAAUGGACAUGCAAAAAAUUGAGAUGAUACAAAACAGAAAUAACUUAUUCUAAAUUUCUAUAACUGAAGUUUGGAGGUAUAGAAACUAUAAAAGCUAUAAAAAAUAAAAAUGCAUCUGCUAUUAGAUUUAUUCCAGCAAAUACAAUACUGUAGAUGAACACCAGAAACUAAUCUAGGCUGGAAAAGAAGAAAUAAAGGGGGGUGAUUGGAUUUUCUGCACAGUACUGUAGGUCCUAUAAAUGAAUGAAAGCUUAUAGCUUAUAGUUAGCACUGUAUUAACUACAUGUAUUUCCAGUACAAAACUAAAGAAUUUGCUAUUGAAAAUUGGUAAAAACCAAUAUGUUCAUCAUUACUGUCUCAUUAUAACAGGGUGGUAUGGUUGUUGGUAUGGUUUUUGACAAAAACAGACAAAACAAGGAGAGUAUUUGAUCAAAUUAAACAGAAUAAAAUAAAACAGAUGUUCUCAGAACAAAUAACUGAUCCCCGCAGAAUCCAGACCUCAACCUCAUUUAAUGUAUUUGGGAUGGCUUGAGAUGAUACAAAGCAGAAAAGACUCCUUAUACAUUUCUAAAACUGAAUUUUGGGAACUUUGGAGGUAUAAAACCCCCUCUCUGCUGAUAUAUGAAGAAACACUGAUAUUAAAAAGCCUGUUCUGUGUGAGGCUUUCCUCUCUCUUGGAUGCUGAGGAGUGAUUCUGACCCACGUGUGUCACCGUUACCCACAGAUCUGUGCUACUUUUGUGCUCUUUCUCUCCGUUGCCUUCCUUCACGUGUACGUUGUUGUGUGUAAUAUAGAAAAGCUAUGACCACCGAGAUUUAACUCUCACUAUUCAGGAUGCUGAUGAGUUGUAGUGUAAUCUGCGUCCAGACCCUCACUGACGAACUCCCACAGCAUCUCCUCACGUGAUCCAACAACUCUUGAUAGCGAGCUUUUCAGCUGUUUGUUUACCAUAAGUGUACAUACGCUGUAUGAACCGGGGCGCGGUCCCUUCCUGUAUUGAAGAAUACUGUUCUGUUGUUUUUAAUCUGUUCCUACUUUAUUGAGCUUAUUUUGGUCCUGUGUGAUUCUAAAGGGUUGCCAAGCACAUUUUGUCUUCACGUAUGCUGUCAGACUCUUACACUGUAAAAAAUCAAUGAAAAAAAUAAAGUUAGGCCAACUUAAAGUGAUAAAGUAACUGAUUACAGUGUGUUUUUCAACUUAGACUGAGUUAUACAUUUUUCUUCAUUUUAAUUCACAUUGUAUGGUUGUGCAUCCCAGUCUGAUCAACAAUAUGUUUUAAAAAUAGCUCUGGAAAAAAAUUAAGAAGAGACCACUUCAGUUUCUGAAUCAGUUUCUCUGAUUUUGCUAUUUAUAGGUUUAUAUUUGAGUAAAAUGAACAUUGUUGUUUUAUUCUAUAAACUACAGACAACAUUUCUCCCAAAUUCCAAAUAAAAAUAUUGUCAUUUAUAGCAUU